ACCUUCACACUGGUUCCGCGUGUUGAUACCGAAGAGAGAGGAUCUAGGAGAAACAAGUUCUUCACACCGACACGAACCCAAACUCAGGCCCAAAUAAGAGGAAGAUGGACAUGAAGAAGAGGGUCUCCUUAGAGCUGAGGCACCGGUCGCCGACAGAAGUCCAGGAGCUGGUCCUGGAUAACUGUCGCUCCGGCGAGGGGAAGAUCGAAGGAAUCACAGCAGAGUUCUCGAACCUGGAGCUGCUCAGCCUCAUUAACGUCGGCCUGACCAGCGUAGCAGACAUCCCCAAACUGGACAAACUCAAAAAGCUGGAGCUGAGCGACAACAGGAUAUCAGGCGGCCUGGAGGUCCUGGCCGAGCGGCUGGUGAACCUAACGCACCUCAACCUCAGUGGAAAUAAGUUCAAAGACAUCAGCACCCUGGAGCCGCUGAAAAAGCUGCCCCAGCUGAAGAGUCUCGACCUGUUUAACUGCGAGGUGACCAACCUGGCCGACUACAGGGAGUCCAUCUUCAAGCUCCUCCCCCAGCUCAUCUACCUGGACGGCUACGACAUCGACGACUGCGAGGCCUCCGACUCUGACGGUGAGGGGGACGGCGUCGAGGAUGAGGACGAAGAAGAGGGCGAGUCGGAGGACUUUGAGGAAGAGGAGGAGGAGGAUGAAGAGGACGUAGUGGCUGAAGAUGACGACGAUGAUGAUGACAGCGGUGACGAUGAGGACGGAGAGGUGAACGGAGACGUGGACAGUGAGGACGAUGACGAGGAUGAGGACGAUGACGAGGAGGAUGAUGAAGACUCGUCUCCGGCCAAAGGAGAGAAAAGGAAGAGGGACCCUGAAGAUGAGGAUGAUGAAGAUGAUGAUUAAGGACCCGUGGACACCCCGCAAACCCCUUGACCCCCUCGUCCGUUAACCUCCACCUUCGCCCUACAUGACCUCUCCAAAUCCCCAACCAACGCUCGCCCUCCUCCUCCUCCCACACUCGGUCGACUCCUGGGCUGCGUCUCAUUUCUCAAACUGGUUUCCUUCCCGCGCUCUUGUCAGCCCGCCUCCCACAGAGCGAAGCACCUGUCGGACAACUUCCGUUAAUCUAUAAAAUUAAGUUUACAUGUUUCUUAAUUUUUUCUUUCUUCUUCUUUUUUUUUUUUUUACCCUUUUCGUCUCUCAAAACUUUGUUCCAAGCCCUGACUUUUGAAAUUCAUAUUUUCACCAGACCCCAGUUAUUCCUCGAGUCCGCAGAGAGACGAACGUCUAAUAACAUUUUAAAAGUCACAAGUUCCCGCUAAGAGCUCAACCUGGAUUAACUUCCUGUUGCUAAUUAUUACUGUCUGGCAUCUUUCGCGAGAGCUUCAAAUUCACAAAUCAGAUCAGAACAAUUAUUUUCAUGAUCAAUUAAUCUGCCCGUUGUUGUCGUGUCGAAUCAUUUUGUCUGUAAAAUGUGAGAUUAGUGUGAAAAAUGCUCAUUAUGAUUUCCCAGAGCAGAAAGCGACGUGUUUGUUUCAUCCACACCGUCCAAGCCCAAAACCCCAAAGAGAAUCCGGUAACGCUCACAUAUGACAACGGACAGCAGAGUUUUAGAGGCUGAAACCAAACGAUCUUUGGAAGUUUUGUUUUAAAAAAGACUUGAUUAUCAGAUUAAUUGUAUCCUGUCAGUCGCCUGAUGGUUUCAGCCCUUCAACACCUUGUUGCUCAUUAAUUACAAAAUAUGGAGCAACAUUGAGCAUCACAAAGGCGAAAUUUGGACCCAACUGAUUUCAUUUAAUUUCCCAAAAGCCGCUCUUAUCUUUAUUGAUUUUGGUGUUAAAUCUGGUAAAGAAUAUGUAUGAAAGAGAAGCCUUGUGGGUAAUUUGAACUCUAAAUCUUGACCGCGGUAAUAGGAAGUAAAUGCAUCACGAGUCACAAGAAGCUGAAAAACGAAGCAUCACAGAGGCGAGACAGAAGAUUAAGUUACUCUGUGUAGUUUUCUUCUUUCUUUUUUUCUAAGAUUACAAACUGUCUCGAUCACGGGAGACGACGUUGAUUUAUAUAAUAAUAAUAAAAAAAUCACUUUUCUUUUUGUCGCUAUGCAAUGUCAAAAAAAUAGUUUUGACAAGAAAAAUAAUAAGUUUGUGUUGCGUCUGAAGGAGGCGGAACAAGAGCUCGCGGGAGUUAAACGGCACAUUUAGGAAGUAAAACCAAACCCUUUAUUCCUCCUUUUCAUUUCCCCCCCACCCCAAAUGUCCCCAUGUGUGACAUCGCCACUCUGGGACUGAACCAGCAGCUAUGAUGUCAUCACUGCGCUCCCAGCAGGCUCUGUGAUGUCAUCAAUGGACAGUCAAACCUAGUGAACCCCCCCUCACCUUAAACCUCCAUCCCCCCCGCGGCCGAGCGCGCUCAGGGCAAACUGUGUUCUCUCUUUUUUGCCAACAGAGCUUUUUAAAAGAAAUAUUUUUUCAGAGAAAUUUUUUUGUUUCAUUUUGUAUUGUUGUCUGGGGUCUCUCUCUCUCCCUCCCCCCCUCUCUCCUUCCCUCUAUCUCCCCCGUCCCUGCUCAGUAGAGAGAUCCAGCUGAUCCUUCACACUUACACUGACUAGUUGUUGAGGUUGUGUUUUUCUUUCCUUUUAUUUUUUUUUACUUUCUGUAAGUUAAAGGAAAAACAAACAAAAAAAACACACAAAAAGGACUUUGUAAAUAAAAUCUUAACAUUUUGCUCCUGG